CAAGACUGGGAAGAAAGGGGUAAAAUAAUGGCGGUGAUAUCUGGAGUAUCGACAGACUUGUCAGAAGAAGACAUUAAAAGCAAUGUUAAACGAGUUCGAGUCAGCAAAGUCAAGCGUUUGCAAGUACUUAGGAAUGGAAGUAAAGGACCAAGUUUGUCUGUCUUGUUAGUGUUGGAUGAGAUUAAGAUGCCUGAACGAAUCAUGAUUGGUCAACAGGGAAUAUCAAUCCAGUUUGUAUGGGUACCUGCUCAUAAAGGAGUUGGUGGUAAUGAGGAAGCAGACAAGCUGGCAAAAGAGGCAACUAAGGAAGAGGAAGUUCAGUUAAACAUUCCUCUCAGCAGAUCAGAAGUUAAGUCCAGUAGAUGGCGGUAAUACACUUUGCCUGUAAACUGCCAUAAAACCUGACAGAAGAAGA